UCCUCCUCUCCAUCUCGUGCGAACCGGCUGUUCCUCCCCCCCUCUCGCUCUCUCAGUCUGCGUGCUGUAGCCCUGCUGUGCGUUCCUCUCAGCCCGCCGUUGUAGCGCCGAACGGAGGAGGAGCCACUGGCCAGGAUACUCACGCACACACACACACGCACACACGCACACACACAUCCUGACGUCCCACAUCGUCUCUUCUGCACACUCUCUGCAAGCACCAGCAAGGCCCGUUUGGAGCAGGGGAGCCCAGCCGUCUCGUCGCCCAAGAUGGAUGUACUGAUGAAGGGGUUCUCCAUGGCCAAGGAGGGAGUGGUGGCCGCUGCAGAGAAGACCAAAGCCGGCAUGGAGGAGGCGGCCGCCAAGACCAAGGAAGGGGUGAUGUAUGUAGGCAGCAAGACAAAGGAGGGAGUUGUGUCUUCAGUAAACACAGUGGCCAACAGGACUGUGGAUCAGGCCAACAUCGUUGGCGACACGGCGGUCGCAGGCGCCAACGAGGUGUCACAGGCAACCGUGGAGGGAGUGGAGAACGUCGCCGCGUCCACCGGCCUCAUCAACCAGGAGGAGCCUGUAUACGAGGGAGAGUAUGGAGGGAUGGAGCAGGGCGGGGAGGGAGGAGAGGGGUAUUAGUCAUCUUCAGGAUCCUUCCGUCCUCUCCAGCGGCCCCCGGCCCCGCCCCUGCCCCCGCCCCCGCCUCGCUGUACCAGACUCCAGAUGUUCAACAUAUAUUUUGUGACUUUACAGAACCAAAAUCAACAACAACAGACUCUUCCGGAUGCCGCACCUCAGCCCCCCCACACCGACCCCGUCCUCUGCCUCCCACCCCCAGUUGCACCCCUUCCUUGCCACCUGCUGCCCCCCCCCCCCCCCCACCCCUGCAGCCUGUAGCUUCUCUCCUCCACCGCCCGUCGUAGCCCCCCCCCUCUCUCCCCCGCUGCAUCUGUGUGUCAGUGUUGUCCUGAUAUGAACCCCGGUGUUGUUACCCCCCCCACCCCGACCCCGUAGGGAAAAUCUCACACACAAACACACACGCUCACGCAAACAACAAAUAAAAGACACACCUUCAUUUGGCACGUGCAUGAAACACUCGCAUACAGACGCCUGCCAGACGCACACGCUGGGCGAACGUGAGGAAAACGAGGAAACUCGAAUUCAGCGUGCCGUACAAUAACCCCCCCCCCCCCCCCCCUCCGCACGAGAGGGUGUGUGAGCUGCAGUCAGCGGGCCCGUGUGUCCUUGUUCGCUUGUAUAUACGUGUGCAUGUGUAGCCGCCGGUGUAUAAAGUAGAUGUUGAGCGGGGAGUUGUGCGUUGGGGACAGACAGCGUUCGGCCGCGUGUGCAACCAGUUAGUGACAGUAGACUGCAUGAACAGAUGUGUGGAAUGACUCGUCACGUGUCGUGAAGCGUAGAGUAGCAGCUGUGCCGUGUAGCUUUGUGUGUGUGUGUGUGUGUGUGUCGCCCCAGCGAUUAGAAACAGGGUUCGACCAGCAGGAGCAGUAGACGAUGCUCAUUGAGCUCGACCCCCAGCGUGUUCGUGUGAUGCAUGAGAAAGAAGGAGAAGAGUCGGAAAAAAUAAGAUUUAGAGGCUGUUGGCCAAAAUGUGUGACCUUGGAGUCUUCCUCUGAUCGCUGACCUCAACAAAAUUCCACAAAAUUUAAUUGGACCUUAUUUGAACGUUCAUCAAACGAAGCCUGUUGUGUUAAAAAAGCAUUACUGCUUCAACAGUUCAAUGCAAAACAAAACUAAUUCAUCAAAAUGAAAUUGCUACCUUGUUGAGACCCUUUCAUCAGAAACACGUGAAUCAAAUCAUGUUUGGGCAGAAAUGCAAUGUCCUCUUGUGUUCGUGUAGCUUCUUAUCUUAUCAUGCCAUUGAGGGAAACACAGUAGUCAGCUCGCAGUUUCAGCAAUAAAAAAAAAAAAUACCGAAAGGCCAAACGCCACCUCGCCACUGUUCGCCUCCACACACCAGCGUCGUUUCAGUUGACGUUUCAACGGAUCGAAACCGAAAACUUGGGAAGACGAACCAUCCGGAACAUCUGUGCCAAACUUGAAAGACGCUCUCUCAAGGCCCAGAUCAGACACUGCGAUCAAAAAGGUCACAGAGACGCGGAACUCCACCAAAAUCUGACCAGUUCAUCUUGGAACGAGAGUGAGCGCAGCGUGUGCCAAAUUUUAUCAAACUCCCUUCUUAGAUGACAUGAAUCAGA